AUGACCAAUCUCUCGGCAGUAGUACUUCUGGUGUGUGUUGGUUGUGUAUUUUCGAUGGUUAUCGAUCGAAAUGUCGGAUCGGAAAACCACGAUGCUUUGGUCUUACAUGAAGCCGAGUACCCAAUGAGGCUGAUCCAGAAAAGAGCGAUCCUCCCAAAAUCUCUCCUCCCAUCCGAGCCAUCUGAACACCGACGCGUCCGACGCCAGUUCGGUUAUGGAUCAUGGGGUUAUGCACCGUUUGGACUUGGUGGCGGAUUCGACAUCAACACACCUAUAGGAUCGAUCGGAUGGAACAGUGGAUUUGGCAUCUGGUGA